UCGCACGCCACGCCACCACCAAAGUCCGCGAUGCCGCCGCCCGACUCCGUCUCCACGCGCUCCUCCCUCCCGCUCGCCGCCGCGCCCAUGUCCGACCCGACCCCCUCCCCCGCUCCGCUGCCUCCCAACCCGCUCGCCGCCGCCUCCUCCUUCCUUCACCACCACCUCUCCCGCCUAACCUCCCGCCUCGCCGCCCCGCGCCCGGCCCUCGCCGUAGCGGCGACCCGCGCGCCGGGUCCCCAGGGCGCCUCCCUCUCCCUCGCCCUCGCGCCCGACGAGGUCGCGCGCGCGCUCACCGGCACGCCCGUCUUCACCGUCUGCAACUCCAGCAACGAGUUCGUGCUCGUCUCCGACCCCGCCACCGGCCUCCGCUCCCUCGGCCUCCUCUGCUUCCGCUCCGAGGACGCCGACGCCCUCCUCUCUCAUGUGAGGACGCGGCAGCCGCUGCUAGGGAAGGGGGUGAAAGUGGUACCCAUUACGCUUGAUCAGGUUUAUAUGUUGAAGGCUGAAGGUAUCGCAUUCCGGUUCUUACCUGACCCUCUUCAAAUAAAGAAUGCUCUGGAGUUGAAAUCAGGCUUAACUGCUUUUGAUGGUGUUCCUGUUUUUCAGUCAGAUCUGCUGGUCGUGAAGAAGCAGAAGAAGCGCUACUGUCCAAUAUAUUUUCAAAAGGAAGACAUAGAAAGAGAACUUACAAGGGUGUCUAAAGCUUCAAGAGGGUCAGCCUUUUCUAAGCAAAUUAUGGUUGGGAGUUUGGAGGAUGUCCUGAAGAAAAUGGAGAUAAAUGAGAGAAAUUCUGGCUGGGACGAUUUGAUCUUUAUACCCCCUGGGAAGAGCCUCAACCAACAUAUCAAUGAGGUAUCAGCGUGAUAAUGUUCCAUGGUGAUAGCUCAGAGUUUGAACACACCAUUCACUUGAAAUGCUGUGAUGGCCAGUCAAUCAAAAAUGUCAAAUUGCUGCCUGAGCUUUCUUUUUUUAAUAAUCAUUUUGGUUAGCCUUGUCAGGGAAUAUUUUCAAGUCAAGUGAUAAAAUAUGGCUGUGAAAUAGCUUCGUCAUUA